UUCAUUUCGUUUGACAUCAACGUCCUUCAUCUGACUUUGAAAAUUGCUAAAAAAGCUUACUUCAACGAAUUUCUCCGCUAGCGCAGUCGAUUCCUUGCUAGCGAACUAAACGGGAGCAAAAGUGAAGAAAACAAGCUAUAAUCAUGUCGAAGAUUGGUAUUAACGGAUUUGGACGCAUUGGCCGUCUGGUGCUGCGUGCCGCCAUCGACAAGGGCGCCACCGUUGUGGCCGUCAACGAUCCUUUCAUCGAUGUCAGCUACAUGGUUUACCUGUUCAAGUUUGACUCCACUCACGGACGUUUCAAGGGAACUGUUUCCGCCGAGGGCGGAUUCCUGGUCGUCAACGGCAAGAAGAUCACCGUCUUCAGCGAACGCGACCCCGCUAACAUCAACUGGGCCAGCGCUGGCGCUGAAUACGUUGUGGAAUCGACUGGAGUGUUCACCACCCUCGAUAAGGCGUCCGUUCACUUGAAGGGCGGUGCCAAGAAGGUCGUCAUCUCGGCUCCCUCUGCCGAUGCACCCAUGUUUGUGUGCGGUGUGAAUCUGGAUGCCUACAGCCCGGACAUGAAGGUUGUGUCGAACGCUUCCUGCACCACCAACUGUCUGGCUCCUCUGGCCAAGGUUAUUAACGAUAACUUCGAGAUUGUGGAGGGCCUGAUGACCACUGUGCAUGCCACCACUGCUACCCAGAAGACCGUCGAUGGCCCAUCUGGAAAGUUGUGGCGUGAUGGCCGUGGCGCUGCCCAGAACAUCAUCCCGGCUUCGACUGGUGCCGCUAAGGCCGUCGGAAAGGUCAUCCCAGCUCUCAACGGCAAGUUGACUGGCAUGGCUUUCCGUGUCCCCACCCCCAAUGUGUCCGUUGUCGAUCUGACUGUCCGCCUGGGCAAGGGCGCUUCCUAUGAUGAAAUUAAGGCCAAGGUGCAGGAGGCUGCCAACGGUCCACUGAAGGGAAUUCUCGGCUACACCGACGAGGAGGUUGUCUCCACCGACUUCCUCAGCGACACCCACUCCUCGGUCUUCGACGCCAAGGCUGGCAUCUCUCUCAACGACAAGUUCGUCAAGCUCAUCUCCUGGUAUGACAACGAGUUUGGAUACUCCAACCGCGUCAUCGACUUGAUCAAGUACAUGCAGAGUAAGGAUUAAAUACAACCGACAGACCCCGCGUCAGUAGCAGAGAUAGAGGUUAAAUAGCGGUUAGCCGGGAGAGAUGCUACGUACAUCAACUAGAAGAGCAGAGCAGAACCGGCUGGCAGUGCUGGCAUCACACACAGUUAUAUAACAAAAAUAAUAUUGUUGCUCCCCGGUGAAGCAGCACUACAUAAAUAUACGCAAAAUUCAAGAUUAUUUCUUCUCUUAAAGCUACCAACAACAUUAAAAAAAAGUGAAAACCAAGAAAUAUAUAAUAUAUAUAAAUAUACAUACAUCCAUACACAAAUAUUUUUAUUGUUGUUAAAUAAAGUUUCACUCUGUAUGUAGUUGUAUGAAAAAAGA